AUGGCACAAAAACCAAUAAUGGCAAUUGAUGAACAUAAUACUCUUGAACCUUCCAACUCUGAUGUUACAGAGUUAAUAUCAUCAACAAAUGACUUGUCUUUAGAUAACAAUGUUUCUCAUGCCAAAGAGAAUGACGCUAACAGCGAAGGUAAGUCCAAAACGAAAGGUAAGUCCAAAAAGCGUAAACCCAAGGUCGACAUUACACCAGAAUAUAUUGCUGAAAUGCGUGCUAAAAGACAGGCAGAAAAGCAAGCGAAAAGGGAUGCACUUAUUGCUCAAGGUAUAGAUCCAGAUGUUCCUCCGGACUUAAGGUUUAUAAAGAGACCAAUGUUAAAAAUUCCUAGGUCAGAAAGUUUAGAUGGUGAUUCAAAACUGUUCCCAAUAAGUUUCAUGACGUAUAAUUGUCUCGCUCAGGCUCUUAUCAGAAGGAAAUUGUUCCCAACUAGUGGUAAUGCUGUUAAAUGGUUUAAAAGGUCGCAAGUUUUACUUAACGAAUUUAAGUAUUAUAAUUCAGAUGUUUUGUGUUUACAAGAGAUAGAUACGGUGCAAUAUAAAUCCUUCUGGAAACAUGAGUUUGAAAAACUCGGUUAUAUGUCUCAAUUUCACUUUAAUCCUAGUAAAAACCAUGGGGUCUUGAUAGCUUAUAAACAGGAUAUGUUUGAGAUGACAGAUCGAAUGCUAAUUGAUCAUGAUAAAAUAGCAACAGGUGAUAUAGAACCAAGAACCACUACUAAAAAUAUUGGUUUAAUUCUAGCACUCAAAUUCAGUAAAAAAGUGUUGGAAAGGUUCCCGGAAACGAACGUUAGUGGUAUCCUUGUAGGUACAACACAUUUGUUUUGGCAUCCAUUUGGAACAUAUGAGAGGACAAGACAGUGCUACGUAAUACUGCAGAAAAUGAAGGAAUUCCAAAACAGAGUGAAUAUUCUGCAAAAUAAUAAUGAUGGUGACCUUUCUCAUUGGCCAUCUUUCUUUUGUGGAGACUUCAACUCCCAACCUUUUGAUACACCAUAUUUAUCAAUAACGUCGAAACCCGUUAAAUACGAAGGAAGAGCCAAAACCGUCAUUGAAUGCAGUACAUCCUAUACGUUCUCAAAACUCAGAGAUGGUGAUGAAGGCGAGGAAGAGGAAGGUGGAAAUGUUGAAAAGUUUGGUAAGAACCAGCCAGAAACACCGGUACCAGAUACUUUUAAUCCAACUCCAGAGCAAGCUGCUCUAUGUGAGAAAAUGAAAAAUCUUCAUAAUGGGCUCGAUAUGAGAGCAAUCUCAAUGUAUUCUAUUGCAUAUAAGUACGUUCAUCCAGAAAAUUCAGGUCUAGAUAAUGAACGUAAUGAGCCUGAAAUAUCUAAUUGGGCCCACUCAUGGAGAGGAUUGUUGGACUACAUCUUUUUCGUAACUUCUUGGGAUGGAUCCAACUGCGUAACAGUUGAUGAUCUUUCAGAAUUCGAACUUAACAAUGGUAUUAAAGUUCUUGAGCUCUUGAGAAUACCUCCAGGUAAAGAAAUGACUGAACAUGGUCAACCACACGAAGGUGAAUACCCUAGCGAUCAUUUGUGCAUGAUUGCAAAAUUAGGAAUUGCCAUGUAA